GUGUUUUGUUGCUUUCUAUUUGUCACUCGAAAAAGUAAGCCUUCAAUGUCUUUAUGGAUGAGAAAAUGUCAGUCAAGAAGAGUCGUCUGCGUGGAGGUACGAUAUGGACGUACACAUGUAUAUAUACUGGAUACUUGGUCUGUUUGGAAUUUUACUGAAUUAUUUUUCAGAUGCAAUGGGUCAGUGUGUUAGAAGCGGAUUGGAUGUACCUGUACCAAACUAUGGCAUGAGCGUGUUAUCUUACCCUGACGAUUCAUCUCCAAAUUAUGGCCAAGCUUUAAACUGUAAGUGGUUGUUUCGAUCAGCUGACACAACGUUGAAGUUAAUAUUUCUUGUAACUGAGCAGGUCCAAUGUGGAGAUGUUUUGUUGGCAUAUGAUGGUACAACAAUGGGCGAUCGUAGGAUAGAUGAUGCUUUUUGCUCUCCCCAAACUGCACCCUCUGUAUCACGUUUCUACGUCACGUCGUCCAAUCAGAUGUUACUUAGCUUUAUCACGGACUCUACCACACACGCGCAGCUUGAAAAAGGCUUUAAGGUGGAAAUACUCUCUGCCAGACCAGUAGCAUAUGAAGCAGAGGCUUGCAACUCAAAUAUCAAAACUUUGGUAGCAACCAAGGACGAAGAAGUUUUAACAUCCCCAUCUUUCCCGGAAAAUUACAAAAGUAAUACAAAUUGCUUUUGGAACAUAACAUCUCCGACGGAAGACGGGACUAUCAGAAUCAAUGUGCUGUUUCUGGAUACAGAUGCAGAAGAUGGCGUUUGUUACGAUAACAUAACCACCUUUGACGGAGAAGAAAGGAAAGUGUUGUGCGACACGAAAAGUUUGAAACCGAAAUCAUUGUUGUUCAACUCCUCGUUUGUUCAGAUAAUAUUUUAUUCAGACGAUCAAAUAGAAAAUAGAGGAUUCCUGUUGAUGUACAGUUUCUUAGGGGAAGCAGCAACUUCUGAAUCAUCUACAUCUGCCACAAAAAUAACAACAGAAAUAAGUACAACCGAAGCUACACCAAUAACGUCAAAUGCAGAGACAACAACAAUGUCAAUUUCAGAAACAACUAUUUCAACAUCAGAGACAACAACGAUGUCAACUGCAAAAUCAACAACAAAGUCAACAUCAGGGAAAACAGCGAUAUCAACUGCAGAAUCAACAACAAAGUCAACUGCAGAAUUAACAACAACAAUGUCAACUUCAGAAACAACUAUGUCAACAUCAGAGACAACACCGAUGUCAACAUCAGAAUCAACAAUAGGAACCAUUACAACUGAAACAACAAUAUUAGAGACAACACAUUCCAUAACUCUAUCCAGUGGUUAUCCAACAGCAGGGACAACACAAAAUCGAACUCUGUUAUUAACCACUGAAGCUGUAAUAUCUCUGGUCGUGUUGUUAAUUGUUACGCUGGUUUUCGUUAUCAUAGCAUGCAUAGUGUUUUGUUUUGCCAAGAACAAAAACCGGAAACGUUCAACCGAUUUUUCUUGUUCCUUUGCCCCUCCACUCUGGAGACGCCAUUUCAUUGAAGUUGAUUAUUUACGGAAUAAAAGUGACCGUAAUAAACCAAAAAUAAGGCACGACAAAUGAACACGACUUUCGUGAAUUUUUAUUGUCUAACUUGGUUUUAUGUUGGAGAGAGAAAGAAAGAGAGAGAGAGAGAGAGAG